GGCGCCGCCCUUCAUCUGCUCCCGUGAUGGCGCCAGAUCCACAUCCACAGCCAUGGCGCCGGCGCCCAUGGAGUGACCGUGUGCUUUUCUCCAUAGACAUGGAGCUCCCACAACACACCAUGGAAGGCCUGGAGCUCCUUCUCACGGCAGGUGCACCGCGUACAGGAGGGAAGACCAACGCUCCUCCGGGUCUGCUUCUUCCCGGGUCGCCGUUGCUCCACGGAAGGAGAAGCUCAGGCUGCCACCACACAAAGGGAGAGGAACCCAAGAUGAAUCUAUCCCGCCUUACUGUCCAUGACCCGACGACAAAGACAGCUACUUUGAGCCUAGAGAUAGGCCUCCUCGACGGUGUCUGAUCAUCACAGGUUCUGUGUGCAGAUUCUGUGCAGGUUGAUUUAAGAUUAUCAAUCUCAGGUUUGACUUGCUCUUCACUGUAAGAUCUUUCAUGCUUGGUUUUUUUCAUUCGCCAAUCAUUUCAAUGAAUACAUGGUGUUUCAAGUUAUGGCCAACUAGUCUUGGUUUGGGAAAAUAAAAAUUACUGAUUAUGAUUAAUGACACAUGAUAAAGUUUGUUACCACAAGUUUGUCCCUUUCUUCCUAUGUAUAGUUCAAAGUGGUAUAACGCAGCAUGCCAGCAUUCAGUUUUUUUAUAAUCCUUUAGGAGGGAAGAAUUGCCUGCAUUCCGUUUUUUUAUCAUCCUUUAGGUGAGAAGAAUUGUCUGGUUUCUAGGUUCCCUGUAUGCACAACAAGAAAAUGUUUGUGGAACUAAGUUCUGUGUUGUCAAAUGUAGAGUGACAGUUACAAAAUCAUAGUUACAUGUACAUCGACCAGCCUUAAAAUUAUUCCAUAGAUUGAGGAAUGUGUUGCUGAAAGUAUUGGUUUUUGAUUGUCAAGUAGAAGGUUUUGUAUGUCAUGGCCUUGUCCGUGCCGCCUUGGACCGGGCCGCAACGUCGAAUAUGUCGUCCAUGGCCUCUUGCGCCACCACCACCAUUUCUGCCUCGCACUGCAUCAACCCCCUCCUUCACCAACCAACGAUCAAACCUGUGAUGCUGGCUUCCCUGGAUUCCUUCGGUUCAAGUUCCGCACCGAUUCAUCCACCACAUGGUGCGAUUUCUUUGGUGCCUUCUAAAAGCAAGCACAAUUUUCUGCCCCUUCCUUUAUUCUAUUAUACCCACUGAUUGGUGAUCUCCAAGUGCUAGCUAGAAACCGGUUUGUUUGGGGAAUGCUUCAUGGUUAGGUAAUUGGUUCACAGGUAAUUGGUUCACACAUAGGAGCGACAUACCUCAUCUCUUCAUGUGCAAAUAUAAUCCAAGAGAUUGUCUAUUCCUGUGUGUUCUCCAUCGAGAUGUUAACUGAACUUUGAAAUAAAUUGGUUAUUUACUUCUAUUGAGUUAUUUCAAACCUGAGAACUUGGGGUUGUUUAGAGUUAGAUAUUUUGUAGAAGUUUGUCGUGCUGCCAUAGUACUGACAAGUCACAAAUUGAUAAUAGAUAUUUAGAUGGAUCUGAUUGAGUUACCGCUACAAUACUGACUCUAAUUAGCAUUACUAGCAUAUUUAUCAUUUCCUUAACUAUUAAUAACUUAUGUAAUGUUCUAAUCAACUACAAAAUAUACGUGCAAACAAACCCAUUGGUGUUCAACUUGGCCUUUAUGUGACGAACAUUGAAUCAUUGAUGCAUUUAUAUCUCCGUUCGCUGGGUACAGAGUUCCAUAUUUCGAGAAGAAGGGCUUCAGACUUUCUUGGGUUUAUGAAGUGAAAGAACUAUGGUAGCCAUCCAGUUCUUUUUGGGGUUUGCACAUGAAUCCUACAUCUUCCAUAGGAUUUUUAAAUUUUUGUUUGCGUCAGGAUUAUGACAUGGAUUUGGUUAUUGCAACAGCUUAUUUACCCCCUAAUUCCCUUUACUUUUGUUUGAUAUUGUGUACAUAUCAAUGCAUGUUUAGUCACUUGAAUUCAGAACAAAGAUAUGGUACACUGGACACAAAAGAAAGGAGUAGAUAGAUAUACAGAUUCAGAUGCUAUAGUUUCUGUGGAUGCGAAGCAGGAAAGUUCUAGGUAAAAGUGAAUCUGAUAGGGGGAAAACGAAGGCUUGUUUGCCUAUUAGUUAUUUUUUUGUUUUAUCAUUGUCGGCACCUUAUCUAUCUGUAACAUGUGACCUGUGCAACUUCAAAAGUGUUGGGCAAUAAAAAUUCUGUGUAACACAUGUUUUGUAUGCACUCUGCCUAUGCUUAGUAUAGAAACUAUGCAUAGAUGUUACUCUCUUUUUUGUGGCCUUGUGUAGUAUAUAUUGUAAAUAAAUUAUCAUGAACAAUUGUGCCUUUCACUUUUUCUGUAGCAUACUGAACCUUUGCGCUAUUGCUUUCAUUGUAUAAACGUAUGAAAUACAAAACGUCUCAUAUCAGGUUGGAUAUGACCGGGGCAGGUGGGGUGUGGCAAGCUGCACUUCUUAUCUAGUUAGUAUGCUAGCGGAAGCUUUCUUCCCUGUGUUGUUACUUCUUACAGCUAUUUUUAAAUAUACAUCCUCAAUUUUUUAUUGUUCCAGCAAAUAAUAAUUGGUGGAUUUAAUUUUGCAGUUCCAUGUUGCAACUCUUCUGACUUCUGAAAUAUUUUUACGGAGCUAAAAUUUUCUUCUGUGUAAUAUAUUUCUCUGGAGGUACAACGAUUAGUACUACAUGCAGAUCUAAUACAAGGGAGGCCUUGAUGGAGGUGCGAGAGUGGAAGGAAGUGCUCAGAUGGGACACUCAAUUACUUCAGUCCAUCAAAUCUUGAAAACAUAUUUCUAUCGCAUAAGAAAUUGCUUAUCUCCAUCCUUAAUGUGUAUUACAAAUGCUUUGCGUUAA